AUGUCAAAUCUAUCCACGUCCCCCUUCAACAACCCCGUCUCUUUCGCCUCUUGCUCCAUCGGUCUCCCCCGCCACACUCUCGAGCAAAAGCUCGACGCCAUCUCCGCCGCCGGCUUCAAUGGCAUUGAGCUCUCCUUCCCGGAUCUCCAGUCCUUCGCGAACAGGCACCUCAAUAAGGGCGACAUUGCCGACGACGACUAUGCCUCCCUUUGCGAGGCCGGAAAAGCAGUCCGCGAGCUGUGCGAACAGAAGGAGCUCCAGAUCAUGGUCCUGCAGCCCUUUGCGAAUUUUGAAGGGUGGCCGAAGGGCAGCAAGGAGCGCGAGGACGCGUUCGAACGCGCCAAGGGGUGGAUGGAGAUCAUGGGCGCCGUCGGCACGGACAUGCUGCAGGUCGGGUCCUCGGACGCCCCCGGCAUCACGUCGUCCAUCGGCGAGCUCGUCGCGGACCUCGCUGAGCUGGCGGACCUCCUCGCCACCAGGGGCUUCCGCAUAGCGUACGAGAACUGGUGCUGGGCUACGCAUGCGCCCACGUGGAAGGACGUUUGGAAGAUUGUCCAACUUGCGAACCGGCCGAACCUGGGCCUGUGUCUGGAUACCUUCCAAUCCGCCGGCGGGGAAUGGGGCGACCCGACGACGGCGUCCGGACGGAUCGAGACGGGCGGGUUGGGCGAGAAGGAGCUCAAGAUGAGCUACGAGAUCUCACUGCAGGAGCUGGCGAAGACGAUCCCGCCGGAGAAGAUUUACUUCCUGCAGAUCAGCGACGCGUACAAGGUCGAGCCGCCGCUGGAGAACAAGACUGACGAGAGCGGGCUGCAGCCGAGAGGGCAGUGGAGCCACGACCACCGGCCGCUGCCGUAUGAUGGGGGUAUCUGCCCAUACUGCAGUUCCUGGAGGCGGUCAUGA